UGCCAAGAACCCUAGCCACCUCAGUCUCCUGCCCGCGACCUCGCGCGGCUCGGCCGCUCGGUUCUCUUCUCUCGCCCGCGCCGCCUCGCUCUCCUCUCUCAUGCGCGUCGCCUCCUCGCCCUCCUCUCGCCGCCGCUGCACCGCCCCCGACUCUCUCCCCAGUCAGGUCACUUCAUCUACCAGCGAGGAGACCAGGGGCAUCGAAUCCGGUGACCACCUCCUCUCCGCAGGCGAUUCCGGCUGCCCGGACAAAAGGGUCGUGAGCCACCACCACCAUCUUCUCCACCCUGCUUGGUGUAGUGCCAAAUCCACUGGCAGGCCGUCGAUCCGGCGUUUGGUCUCCCCCCGGUGGAUCCGACCGCUCAGAGCCUCGCCGGCGCCGAGGACAGCGAGCUCGCGCGGCGGCUCAGGGGCCCCGCCGUGGCCAUGGGGAAGCGCCUCAGCUUCAUGAACGCGUACCUCGCCGAGGACUGCAACCCCGUCAGGUGCUGGGUCAUCACCGCCGCCGUCGCGUUCGUCACGCUCAUCGUAUUAGGUGUAGGGAGUGUUGAUGAUACCCCAGUAGAGCUGCCAAAGAAACUCUACAUAGGUCCCCCAAGUGCCAAAACAAUUCAACUUCCUGAUGGAAGGCAUCUGGCUUAUAAAGAACAAGGAGUCACAGCUGACAGGGCAAGAUUUUCACUGAUUGCUCCUCAUUAUUUUCUUUCGUCGAGGUUAGCAGGAAUCCCAGGAAUCAAACCAUCCCUCCUGGAGAAAUUUGGGGCACGACUUGUGAUCAUUAAUUAACACUGUAAAACCAACACUAUGAAAAAUAUGGGUAAAUCAUCUACUAUCCAGGCUUUCUUAUGAUCUCAUAGUACCUCCUCAUUUUUUUUCUGUCAGCUGUAGUGUGUACAUCUGUUGUUUAUGCUUGCAUCAUCAUCUCCUCUGAGGCAUCUAUAGGGUUGGCAUGCCAAAAAUAACUCAAACUGCUUGAGUUCAUAUAAUUCAGUGUGCCUUCUAAAAUUGAAGAAUAACCUUUACAUUUAGCUUUUGGGAUAGCCAGCUAGGUAGCGCCUAGGUCCGUGGGUGGUUUGAAAUACAUUCCCAAAGAAAAAGCAUUUUUAGCACUACAAUUUAGGUGCCUUCAUGAAAAAGUCUCAUCUGAUCGGUACAAUCUACAGGCCUAGACUUUUAGAGAGCAUUAAUGAUUUACAAUUACUGCUGUCACAUGUGACAAUCCAUUGUUUCUAGGUUCACUUUUGCCAUUUUUUAUCUAUGUGAGGUUCAGCAGCAUGUAAGGAGCCUUGGCACUGCUAUUACAGGUGUGUUGAGUCGGAUUGUAUUAUAUCUGAAUCUCACAAAAAACAUUGCAGACCAUCAUAUUUUAAGACAUAUGCAAGUAUAUAUCAUCCUAUGCUCCUAUGAAAUAUGUAUCUAUGGAAUGUGGGACACUAUUCUUUUUGUUGGAUAUAGGAUAGUUUACUUACCAAAUGGAAGUCAACUCUGUUCUAAUUUAAAAUUCACUGUUAAUUUCAUUCUUUAUGAAUAUCACGUGGUGCUGCGUAUAUGUAAUGGUUCCCAAUGUGUAAUAAUUAUAUUGGCAAAAGGUGAUAUUUGUAGAUAUACAAAAAGUAAAGCUUAGUUAGGUGACUUCAUUCUUUCAAUAGAUAGCUUUUCUUUUCAUUUUCUGAAUUGAGGUCAUGAGGGACAUGAAUCUAUAAAUGUCUUGCCAACAGUCUACUCUUGCUGUUAUCACUUACCAGGGCACUCAGUCCUACUGUGCUACACUGCUAUGAGUUCUUCUUUUAUCAGACUGCUGGCUACAAGCCAUAACAUUUGGGUUUAGCAUUUCCAUUACCUUAUAAGCUAUAACAGGAUGGAUAUAUCAUAUAUGUAUCAUAUACAUAUAUAUAUAGGCAACAGCUUGCCCAAACUGUUGUCUAGCAUGGUAAAGGUACAUUCUUAGAAAUGUGCAAAUGCCUGAUAAUAUUUGGUCAUAUAUGUUUUGUACUGAAGGAGAUAAUCCACAUCCUUUUUAUAUAUGUAUAUAUCAGUAAAAUAAAUAGUAAUACUUCAUACCACACCUAAUGUAUCUAUUAUUUCUUAUUUUGCAACUAUAUGCCUUUAGCCUUUGCAAUUUGUAGAUGGACGAGCUCAUGAACACAAAUGCAAGUAUGAACAGUUGGGGAGCCUCAUAUGUGAGAUAACGACUAAUCCGGAGGAUAUGUUUUUUUUCUUAGUUUUUUUAUUCUUAAUGUCCACAUUUUGUAAGAAUUCUCCACUAACAUGCUCUGUUGUGUGAUUCUCAGUUCUAUCUUGUGGUCACAACACUAACUGUCAACUGCUCACUCCUCUCUUGGCUCCCAUAUUAGAACCAACACUAUUUGUUGACACUUUAACAUUUGGUGAUAUUUAUCAUGUGCACUGUUUAAUUUAUGAAAUUUGUAAGACAAUUCUAUUUCAUCAAUUACUGUUUCUCCUUGCUCAUUUCUAAUAUGUAAAUGAUCCAAAUACAUGCUAUAUAAAAAAAUUAUAUGCUGUUAAAUUUAUUUCUCCUCUGAUAUUGGACGGGUGCAGCGAAGCGCGCAGUUAUUUCUAGUUUGUUUCAAAUGCCCCGUUGCUAGAUUUGCCUGGUGUAUUUGUAGAGACGCCCUUGGCCAGAGUAGAAUUCCUCAUGAUUUUGAUGACUUUUUCUGCUUGGUUCUGGGGAAAACAGGCUUAAAAAAUCUAGAGUUGGAUGCCUUCUUUUAGCUGCUUUAUGUUGGAAUUCUUUGGUCAACUAGACAUGACAUGGUCUUCAGGGAUAAGAUGGUUUCCUCACCUCUAAUUAUUCUUUUUUCGUUUGAUUGGCUUACUGUUGUAGUGGAAAUCAUUUCUGAAGCCUGAUGACGUUGCUACUCUGGAGUCCAUGGCGGCGGCAUUACAAGAUGCUGUCAACGGUCUUCGUCCCUCGCGAGCUGGAAUAGGCUAACAUCGGUGUUACCGGUGGUUUAGUUUUGCUUUUGGCUUUUGCUGGCAUUCUGGAGUUUGGAGCCUGGGAGCAACUACUAUAAUUGAUGUACUGUCCUUAAAAGCAUCAUAUACGAUUUUCUUUUUAACACGAGUGUCACGUACGAUUGAGUGAUGAUAUACAGGAAUACUUGAUGUGCUGUUUUAAGAGUGUCACGUAUGAUUUAUUUA